CUCCUCAUCCUCAUCAUCGUGGGGCUUCAACAAGACAAACACUCUCUCUCUCUCUCUGUGUGAGCUGGAAGUAACUUUUUACAUCCUCCAGAGAAGAGUUAUUAUAACAAACCACUCGGAAUAUAAACAUCUGGGUUCAAAGGUGUUGAAACGGAACAAACCAUGUCGGCCUCAACGGCGAAAGUGAACCGAAAGGAGAACUCAAAUCACGACGGAGCGGCGGACGAGACCUCCGAAAAAGAGCAACAGGAAGCAAUUGAACACAUCGACGAAGUACAGAAUGAAAUUGACAGACUGAACGAACAGGCAAGCGAAGAAAUUUUAAAAGUAGAGCAGAAGUACAACAAAUUACGCCAGCCCUUCUUUCAGAAGCGAUCAGAACUCAUAGCCAAAAUCCCCAACUUCUGGGUCACAACAUUCGUCAACCAUCCACAAGUUUCAGCUCUUCUGGGGGAGGAAGACGAGGAAGCACUUCAUUACUUGUCGAGGGUCGAGGUCACUGAGUUCGAGGACAUCAAGUCUGGAUAUAGAAUAGAUUUUUAUUUUGACGAGAACCCGUACUUUGAGAACAAAGCCCUCUCCAAAGAGUUUAAUGUAAACGAGAGCGGAGAUCCGGUUUCCAAAUCAACUGAAAUCAAAUGGAAAGCUGGAAAGGACCUGACGAAGCGUACAGGCCAGACGCCAAACAAAGCUGGGAAGAAAAGGCAGCACGAGGAGCCAGAGAGCUUCUUCACCUGGUUUACCGAUCACUCCGAUGCAGGAGCUGACGAGCUGGGAGAAGUGAUCAAGGACGACAUCUGGCCUAAUCCGCUGCAGUACUACUUGGUCCCUGACAUGGAGGAUGAGGAAGGUGACGGCGAUGAUGACGACGAUGAAGAGGAGGGUCUGGAAGAUAUUGAUGAGGGGGAGGAAGAGGAAGGUGAAGACGACGAUGAUGACGAUGGAGAAGAUGGAGAGGAUGACGGAGAGGAUGAUUAAACAUUUCAGCCAACAUCUUUUUCCCAGUCCUCCCUCUGUGAUGUGAUCAUCCUACAUCCCACGGGAGCAAAAAUAUUUUGUUUGUUUUGUGGGGGGGAAGGGGUUUGUAAAAAAUCAAAACAAAAAAAAUCUUUUUUCCUGUGUGUCGUCAGCCUUGUCCGUCCUCUUCCUCUGCAGCCACGGCCUAUCCGUAAUGGCAUGUCUAAAGACCGGCUCCAUACACAGCAGGUCUACAAUGGGGGUGUGGGGAGGGGGUGGGGGUGUCGGUGGCUCUCUUCUCCUGAAGUCUCACCUGUCAUUGCUUCUCAACAUCUCCCAAAGACAUGCGAAAGAAAAAAAAAACUGUAGCAUUCUGCACGUCAUCCUACGUAGAUUUGAAAUACGUACCAUAGCAAUUUCUAUGUAAAAUAUGACAGUUUCUGUUGAAGUUGUGAGUUCAAUAAAAAUAAGCCUUGGUGCAGUGAUAACUUAGUCAUAGCAUCCUUAGCAUAUAUAUACACGUACAUAUACGUGUAUAUAUAUGUAUAUAUAAUUAGUGGUGGGGGGAUACUAAGGCUUAUUAGAAGUUGCAUUUUUCUUUGUGACUUAUUGUACUAAUGGAACUGAUUGAAAGCACCAGCUUGUUCCUUUCAACCGUUGUAAAUGUUUUUGGGAUAUCCAUGUAUCUUGGUAAGACACUUGUUCAUUGUACACAGUUUAAUGGGGGAGGUGUGGUGGGGCAGCGGGGCUUUGACACCAAAUCUGGACUUCUGUUGAAUGAAAUUUUCAUUAUCUUGUUUUUCAGACACCCACAACAAGGUUUGAAAUGUACAUUUUUUAUAGAAACAACCUAAAAAAAAAAUCUAAUUUUGAGCUUGUCCUAACAUUUUGAGAUGGCAGUGAAAAAAAAUAAUUUCUGUGGAGUCUGCAGUGUUUCUCCUGUGCCACUGGAAACCUGUUCACAUUAAAUUAAGUGUACCAGUUGCUUUGUUACAAUAAAUAAAUGUAUACAUGAUG